GGCAACAGGGAGGAAUUUUCAGCCAGUGUUAUUAUCAAAACAAGGCGCGGGAAUGCCCUAUAACGGUGCCGGUGGUCGCCCUCGGCUCUGCCUGUGAGGAGUGCCCCGGGGUGGUGGAAGGGCGGGGGUGCAGGGACUCCAGGCAGAUUUGACUUGCAGGCUGAUAUCCCGGGUGCGGCUGGGACUUCGUGGUGGGGGCUGGUUGCGGAGAAGUCCUCGCCACCUUUCCUUACGACCGACCGACCUCCUUUCGCCACACAGGCACGCUUUACUUCCCGUCCAUUCGAGCGGCUCGACCAGUCGGUAGCAAGGUUACUGAGAACCAUGGCUGAGACGAAACCGAACAGCGCCGAGCAGAAGUUCAUAGGUGGUAUCACGAAGGAAAUCGACCUGGUGAACCGCGAUCCCAACCGCAUCAACGAGGAUGUGGUCAAGGUGGACUUUGAAGAUGUGAUCGCAGAGCCCGAGGGGACAUAUAGCUUGGACAGUGUGUGGAAAACCAGCAGCACAGUCUUCACUGUGUCCAAGUACUGGUGCUACCGGAUAAUCUCUGCUAUGUUUGGAGUUCCCCUGUCACUGAUCUGGGGUUUCUACUUUGCCUGCCUCUCCUUCUGCCACAUCUGGGCCAUUGUGCCUUGCAUCAAGAGCUACCUGAUCGAGACCCAAUGCAUCAACAGGGUCUUCUCCCUGUGCAUUCACACCUUCUGUGACCCCUUCUAUGAAGCCCUGGGGAAAGUAUUCAGCAACAUCCAUGUCAAUUUACACAAGGAAAUUUAGUUUCUCCUUAUGGUUCCAAUCAACAAAUGUGGCCUGUCUGCUAAAUUGCUAGAUUUUAUUCAGAACUUUUGCAAAUAUAAUUGUACUUCGACUGUUGAUAUGGUUGCAACUUGAUCUCACCAAUGUUUUCCACUUUUGAUCAUUGAGUAGUUCAAAAAAUCUCUGAAAUUGAAUUGACAAA